GUCGUACCCGCGACUGUACACAUUCUUACACCUGCUCACACCAAAGUACUCGUUCGCCAGGUUCAAUCUCGGUUGAACCUACUAAGUGUUGCCCAACAUUUUCGCCAACGGCCUCGUCUCCAACCACAACUGUUUCCGGGGCAAGCACGUUUGCGCUGGACUCGACCCUAAGUGUCUCUAAACGCCUCACCUCCACCAACUCUUUGAUCACUUUUACUCCCAUCAAUCUCCAAGCAUGGCUCCUAUCGCUACCGGCAACGGCCACUCUAACGGCCAUACCGCCCACGCCAACGGUGCUGAGCAGCGCGUUGCAGCCCCAGUCAAUCCGACCGCCGCUCGACACGAAGACCUGAUCUCUAUCAAGGUCGACUCUCCUCACGUCAAGUACGAGGAUGACGCUAUCAUCAGCCAGUACUCAUACCGAGACACUCACGUCAACGUAGUCAACAAGGCCGAUGGCACGACCGAGUACCAGGCCAAGCCUGUCACCAGCCAGUACCAGUUCAAGACUGGACGAAAGGUACCCAAGACUGGUCUCAUGAUGGUUGGAUGGGGAGGCAACAAUGGAACCACCCUCACCGCCUCUGUCUUGUCCAACCGAGAGAACCUCACCUGGAACAACAAGGAAGGUCUGCAGAAGCCAAACUUCUACGGCUCCCUCGUCCGAGCUUCGACCAUCCGACUGGGCUCCGACCCUGUCACUGGCAAGGACAUCUACGUGCCCUUUGGUAGCGUCUUGCCCAUGGUUCACCCCAACGACCUUGUCCUCGGUGGUUGGGACAUCAGCGGUAUGACCAUUGACGCUGCCACCACUCGUGCCAAGGUCCUCGACUACGACCUCCAGCGCCAGCUUGUCCCUUUGACCAAGAACAUGAAGCCUCUUCGCUCCAUCUACUACCCGGACUUCAUUGCUGCCAACCAGGAAGACCGAGUUGACAACAUCCUGCCCGGAUCCGACAAGCAAGCUCACCUUGACCAGCUUCGAACUGACAUUCGCGAGUUCAAGCAGAACAAUGGAGUUGAACAAGUCAUCGUCGUUUGGACUGCCAACACGGAGCGAUACUCUGAAAUCAUUCCCGGGGUCAACGACACCGCCGACAACUUGCUCAACGCCAUCAAGACGUCUCACUCUGAGGUCUCUCCCUCGACGCUCUUUGCAGUCGCCUGUAUCCUUGAGCGAGUCCCUUACAUCAACGGAGCUCCUCAGAACACCUUUGUUCCCGGUGCCAUCGAGCUGGCUGAGCGCCACAAGGCAUUCAUCGGCGGUGACGACCUCAAGACCGGUCAGACGCGCUUCAAGACUGCAUUGGCAGAGAUGCUGGUCAACGCUGGUAUCAAGCCAUUGAGCAUUGCCUCGUACAACCACCUGGGCAACAAUGACGGACACAACUUGUCCGUCCCUUCGACCUUCCAGAGCAAAGAGAUUAGCAAGCGAGGAGUCGUCGAUGAUCUCGUCGAGUCCAACGCUCUCCUCUACCCCCGAGCCAGCAAGAACUCCCUUCCCAGCAAGGAGAUUGAUCACUGCAUUGUCAUCAAGUAUCUCCCUGCCGUUGGAGACGGAAAGGUUGCCAUGGACGACUACUACUCUGAGCUCACCCUCGGUGGACGCAACCGCAUCAUGGUCUCGAACAUCUGUGAGGAUUCACUGCUGGCCACUCCCAUCUUGAUGGACUUGGUCCUUCUGGCCGAGCUCAUGACUCGAAUCACGUACACCGAUGGCGACUCUGCCAAUGCAGAGGAGAGCUACAAGACGAUGUACACGAUCAUGAGUCUGCUGUCCUUCUCUCUCAAGGCUCCCCUGGCCAAGAAGGGACGAGAGGCGGUCAAUGCCAUUUCUCGCCAGAGGAACGGACUGGCCAAUUUCAUGAAGGGUCUCAUUGGUCUCCCACCCAACGACGAUGUACUCCUGGAGUCUCGUCUGUGGUAGAUGUCGCUCUAUCGCCAUCUCCGCCCUGCCCCUGCGCACCCUGUUAGACAGAUCCAAGCUCAAUGUAGUGAUCUAGAGUAAGACGAGGCAGACGUCUUGUAGCACCAUGGGUAUCUGCAGCUCACUCUAGAGUUGCUACAGCUUUCGCCUUGUCUUACUCGCUUCCCCAAAUUUUCUAGACCAAUGAAUAUCAAUCGUUCUUCUUCCGCACUUUCGCUUGCUUGCCUCCGUGAUGACGAUGACGACAUGACGCGGGACUUUAUGGAUGGAACAGGCACCGAAGAAGGACGCUCAAGGGGUCAGUGCGACCCGACAGUGAUCUAGGUACACAGCGGACCCGACGACGAAUGGGCCUGCCUUGUCAUGCUCUCGGUCAUGGAUUGCCUGGCGGCCUCGGCGCUUUCAAAGAAUUGUUACC